CAUCCGGUCACGUGCGCAGCGGUGCCGGCGCGGCGCGAUGCGGGUGAAGGUGCUGAGCCGCAACCCCGAUGACUACGUGAGGGAGACCAAGCUGGACCUGCAGCGCGUUCCAAGGAACUAUGACCCUGCAUUGCAUCCAUUUGAGGUUGCACGAGAGUACACAAGAGCUCUGAAUGCCACAAAGCUAGAACGUGUGUUUGCAAAACCCUUUCUUAGUUCACUUGAUGGCCACAGAGAUGGCGUUAAUUGCAUGGCCAAACAUCCAAAAAGUUUGUCUACUGUGCUGUCUGGAGCCUGUGAUGGAGAGGUUAAGAUUUGGAACUUGACCAGACGACAGUGUAUCCGCACGAUACAAGCCCACGAAGGCUUUGUUCGAGGCAUGUGUGCCCGUUUCUGUGGCACAUCAUUCUUCACUGUUGGUGAUGACAAAACCAUAAAACAGUGGAAAAUGGAGAGCCCAGAAUAUGGAGAAGAAGAAGAACCUAUUCAUACAAUUCUUGGAAAGACAGUGUAUACAGGAAUUGAUCACCACUGGAAGGAGCCUGUUUUUGCUACCUGUGGCCAUCAAGUGGACAUUUGGGAUGAACAAAGGACAAGCCCCAAGUGUUCUCUGACUUGGGGUUUUGAUAGCAUAAGCAGUGUAAAAUUUAAUCCCAUUGAGACUUACCUUUUGGGAAGCUGUGCUUCUGACAGAAAUAUUGUGCUGUAUGAUAUGAGAAAAUCAACUCCAUUAAAGAAGGUUAUCUUGAACAUGAGGACAAACACACUAUGUUGGAACCCUAUGGAAGCUUUCAUUUUUACUGCAGCCAAUGAAGAUUACAACUUAUAUACUUUUGAUAUGCGCUUUCUUGAAUCACCUGUGAUGGUGCACAUGGAUCACGUGUCUGCUGUCCUUGAUGUGGAUUAUUCACCCACUGGGAAAGAAUUUGUGUCUGCCAGCUUUGACAAGUCCAUCCGCAUUUUUCCUGUAGACAAAGGUCACAGCAGGGAGGUUUAUCAUACCAAACGAAUGCAGCACGUCAUCACUGUAAAAUGGACUUCAGAUAACAAAUACAUUCUGUGUGGCUCAGAUGAGAUGAAUAUUCGCCUGUGGAAAGCUAAUGCCUCUGAAAAACUGGGAGUGCUUGCGCCCCGAGAAAAGGCAGCCAUGAAUUACAAUCAGAAGCUGAAGGAGAAGUUCCAGUUCCACCCGCAGAUCCGGCGCAUAGCUCAGCACCGGCACCUGCCCAAGAGCAUCUACUGCCAGAUCAAGGAGCAGCGCAUCAUGAGGGAGGCUCGGCGCCGCAAGGAACUGAAUCGUCGUAAGCACAGCAAGCCAGGAUCCGUGCCCCUAGUGCCAGAGAGGAAGAAGCAUAUUGUGGCAGUAGUGAAAUAAUUGUUUUCACAUGUACAAAAUGCCACAAUGAAAGAAAAAUGUCACUAUUGAAAUAAUACACUGUACAAAUUUGAUGGACUUUGGUAAGACAGCAUGUGGUUCCAGAAACAUGACUUUUCUUCCAAGUUUGUUCAUCCUCUGACUUCUCAAGUCAUCAUCUGUUUUGAGUAGUUAUGAGAAUUUUUCCCUGUAAUAUUUUUUGUCAUUUGUCUGAUUAUACUGGCCCAACACUGCAUAUUGCAGUGGAGUUUGACCCUUUUGAUACAAGCAGAUAACUUGGUGGAGAAUAUCUGUAAUUCCAGUUCUAUUCCUUGGUACUGUUACUACAAAAAAGGGAUAAAAUCGGUUAAUACUUGUCAAAGCAAAAAAAAAAAAAAAAAAGUUACAAAAAUUAUUGUCCUUAUGUUGUCCUUUUUAAAAAUUUUUAUUUAAACAAAUUUAAUAAAGUGACCUUAAGCAAUGGA